AGUGGGUGGGGUGGGAUGGGGUGGGAGCCUAUAAAUGCAAGCUGAAGCUUAUUAAGCUAUUCCCAUACAUUCAGCUUGCCAUGGAGAAGUUGCGAACAGUUUGUGAUCUCGAUCUAUCAAAGAGCAACGAGGCUUCCUCUUCUACAGAUCUAAACCGGGGGUUUUUAGUGGACAAGAGCUUAUCGGUGUCUGCUUCCCUGCUGGACUUGCCACCAGAAGGCCAAAGAUGGCAUAUUUCUUGUUCUGGAAUUGUAGUGGAGUAUACUGAGGCUAGCCCUUCCAGCUUUGCCUCCUGGACCCACUCGCCCACCCUGCUAUCCCCCUCUGUCUUUCCUGAGUCACAUAUUGGUCCGAGUGAGACACCAAAACUUAGUAAUGCUAUUCCUGUGGGCAGCAAGUCCUCUACUCCAUGUGAGGGGGAAAAUGUCAAAAAGAUGAUCCUGGGAGGUCCCGUAGAACACGCUUCUGUGGAUCAAGCAGCCAGCCAGUUUUCCUGGGAGAUCUCGCUCAUCAAGUCUGGCCCCAUCAGCUCUCCAUGCAACCCGGAGUCAAGUCUACUUGACGAACCAACUUGGAGCCCCAAGUAUCAACCAGCCUCUGCUUCCCUAUUUGAGAUUUCCUCUCUAGGCUGUUCUGGAAUCUCCCCAAAUGUCAGUGAUGGAGCUCAGAGGUCCUGGAAGGAAGCCCCUGUCUUGAGGUCAAACCAGGCUUCUUCAGACAGGUUUUCUGAGCAUGUCGCUGAGGUACGGUGGCAGAAACACACGGCAAACCUCUCACCCUAUGCCUCAAAGACUAACUGGAGUUUGAGCAAGUAAUCCCUGUCAACGAUUCUGAUAUUCAAAAUCAAGACUGUCUGUGGUAUCAAAUCAAUAUGGCUAUGUGGUGGUUUUUAAUGUUUAAAGUGGUGUACUCUUUGUGGUAACUUUAAAUCAAAUUCAAUAAAACAAUGUAUUAACAUCAA